CGAACAAGAAAACACAGAGAACAUCCACGCGAAAGAAGCAGCUUCUGCUCAGUUGCAGCGAUGGGGACAAAGACCAUGAUUGAGGAUCAUGUCCCCAAGCGCAUCAAGCACAUCAAAUUUGGCUGCAUGGAUCCAAAGGACUUGCGGCGACAGGGCGUGAUUGAGCUGUCAACCAGGGAGAUGUACAAUAUCGAAGGCGGCGAGCGCAAGCCUGUGCCAAAUGGUGUCCUCGAUAGGCGCAUGGGAACGUCCAUGAAGGAUGUCUUCUGCGAAACAUGUAACGAGCGCAUGGCAGACUGCGUCGGUCACUUUGGUCACGUUCGACUGGCCUUGCCCGCCUUUCAUAUUGGCUAUUUCAAGCACAUCAUCACAUGCCUUCAAAACAUCUGCAAGGAUUGUUCACGCAUCUUGCUGAGCGAAGACGAUAGGGCGCGGUUCUUGCGACAAUUGCGACGGCCUGGGAUUGACAACUUGAGACGGUCAGGCAUUUGCAAGGCCAUCAAUGAGCAGUGCAAAAAGCAACGACGUUGUGAAGGAUGUAAGCACAUGCAAGGUGUCAUCAAGAAGGCCGGCCCUCUCAAAAUCAUACACGAGAGAUUUCGCUACGUUGGCAAGAAGCCAAGUGAAGAGCACGAAGAAUUCAAGGCAUCGUUCGAAGAGGCGCUCAAAUCCAAUGCCGAGCUGAAACAGCACAUGAGCAAAGCUCAAGAUGAUAUGAACCCCCUCAAGGUCCUUGAACUCUUUCGGCAAGUCUCACCCAGCGAUUGCGAAUUGCUCGGCAUGGAUCCGGUAGAGGGACGCCCAGAAAUGUUUUUGUGGCAAUUCGUUCCUGCGCCUCCAGUCUGUAUCCGUCCAUCCGUCACCCAGGAUGGUGGUGUCACCGAGGACGACUUGACCGUCAAGCUCACUGAAAUCAUCUGGACGAGUUCUCUAAUUCGCGCAGCUCUUGAUAAGGGCACACCCAUCUCAAGUCUUAUGGAACAAUGGGAUUACCUACAACUCAGUAUCGCCAUGUACAUCAACAGUGACGUGCCCGGAGUGCCCAUGGGUCAAGCACAGAAACCUAUUCGCGGAUUCUGUCAGCGUCUCAAGGGAAAGACUGGUCGAUUUCGGGGCAAUUUGUCCGGCAAGCGUGUCGAUUUCUCAGGUCGUACAGUCAUUGGACCUGACCCAAACUUGGCCAUCAAUCAAGUUGCCGUGCCUGAGCGCAUUGCCAAAACGCUGACCUACCCUGAAAAGGUGACACUGCACAACAUGGACAAGAUGAAGGAAGCAGUGCUCAAUGGACCAGACAAGUAUCCUGGAGCCAAUUUCUUGAUCGGCAAAACGGAUGGCUACAAAAAGUUCUUGCGGUUUAGCGAUCGUCCAAAAGUCGCGAAUGGCUUGAGUGUUGGGGAUGUGGUUGAGCGACAUGUCGUGGAUGGUGAUUGUAUUUUGUUUAAUCGUCAACCAUCGCUGCACAAACUCAGUAUCAUGUGUCAUUUCGCAAAAGUAAGACCGUGGCGGACGCUGCGACUAAACGAAUGCGCUUGUGGCCCAUACGGAGCUGAUUUUGAUGGUGACGAGAUGAACUUGCAUGUACCGCAGACUGAAGAGGCAAGAACGGAAGCAAUGGUGCUCAUGGGCGUCAAAAAUAAUCUUGUCACACCCAAGAAUGGCGAACCCAUCAUUGCUGCCAUUCAAGAUUUUAUUACGGCAAGUUUCUUGCUCUCACAAAAAGACGCCUUCUUUGAUCGAGCGCGCUUCGUUCAGACCGUCAACAUGAUGUCGGACGCAACGAUGCAUUUUGACAUCCCUCCGCCUGCCAUUGUCAAACCCAUUGCAUUGUGGACGGGAAAACAGCUCUUUGGCUUACUGAUGCGACCCAACAAGGCAAGCAAUAUCCACGUCAAUCUGGAAGCGAAAUGUCGAUCCUACGCAGCGCCCAAAGGCACAACACCAGAUAUGUGUCCGAACGAUGGCUACUUGGUCAUUCGCGGCUCACAAGUCAUGUGUGGCGUCAUGGAUAAAUCAACUGUGGGUGAUGGCAAGAAGAACUCCCUCUUCUAUGUCAUCCUCAAAGACUAUGGACCUGACGAGGCGAUUGCUGCCAUGUCGCGCUUGGCGAAAUUGUGUGCACGCCAUCUUGGCAACCAGGGCUUUUCACUUGGCAUUAAUGACGUCCAAGCAUCCAGCGAGCUGCGUGCCAAAAAGGACAUGCUUGUUGACAAGGCAUACCAAGAAUGUGACGAUCUGAUUCGCACGAUGAUUGAUGGCAAACUCAUCACGCAAGCUGGUUGUGAUGAAGAGCAAACGCUUGAAGCCAAGAUUUCGGGUGUUUUGUCGAAAGUGCGUGAUUCUUGCGGUGAAAUUUGUAUGUCUGGUUUGCCGCAUACCAAUGCACCCAUCAUCAUGGCUACAUGUGGUUCAAAAGGAUCUAAGAUCAACGUCUCUCAAAUGGUCUCUUGUGUGGGUCAGCAAAUUAUUUCUGGUUCUCGAGUGCCGAAUGGCUUUCAAGACCGGUCUUUGCCACAUUUCCCAAAGAACUCCAAGAACCCACCGGCAAAGGGAUUCGUGCGUAAUUCCUUCUACACAGGCCUCUCACCCCCUGAAUUCUUGUUUCAUGCGAUUUCUGGCCGUGAAGGUCUAGUGGAUACGGCUGUCAAGACUGCUGAAACGGGAUACAUGUCGCGUCGACUGAUGAAGUCUCUCGAAGACUUGUCUGCGCAAUAUGAUGGAACCGUGCGCAAUUCUUCCUCUGGUAUUGUCCAAUUCACAUAUGGUGAUGACGGUCUAGAUCCCACGUAUCUCGAGGGCGACGGGUAUCCCGUCGAAUUUGUGCGAACGUGGAGUCAUUGCCAGAACCUAGCGUCUGCUAGUACAGAGCGCCGCCUGAUGCCGUUUGAGAUUGUAUCCAUUGCAUCACAGAAAUUGCGCGAAAAGGCAUUCAAGAGCUGUACAGCAGACUUUUUGACGUCUGUCAAGGAUUUUGUUGUUAACCGGGUUGCUCAAAAGCUGACGGCCAUCAGGAAGGAACGUGGGUUGGAACCUUACGAUAAGGCACCUGAAGGGUACAAUGCUCGCAAAGCGCUGAAUUUCGACAAGAAUGCACCCAUUGAAAGUGUUCACACGGUGCACAAUAUUCUGCAUGUGACUAGGUCGCAGCUUGUUGACUUUCUCAAGAUUUGCCUGCACAAGUAUACGAUUGCCAAGGUGGAGCCUGGAACAGCUGUUGGUGCUGUUGGUGCGCAAUCUAUCGGUGAGCCAGGUACGCAAAUGACGCUCAAGACAUUCCACUUUGCUGGUGUUGCAAGUAUGAACAUCACCCUUGGUGUGCCGCGUAUCAAGGAAAUUAUCAAUGCCGCGAAGAAUAUCUCGACCCCCAUCAUCACCUGCAAACUCGUGAAUGAAAAGGACGAGCGUUCUGCUCGUGUGGUCAAGGGUCGUGUUGAAAAGACACACUUGGAGGACAUCAUUUCCUUUGUUGAGGAAGUGUACACGCAAACAAAUAGCUUUGUGCGCUUGCAAGUCAAUUGGGAGACUGUCACGAAACUGCAGCUUGAGAUUACGCUGGAUGAGAUUCGCUUGGCAAUUAGUUCAGCGCCAAAGCUUAAAAUCAAAGCACAUCGUGUGACGCAGCUAGGCAACAAUGAGAUUCGUGUCUAUGUCGAGCAAGAUGAUUUGCACGGUGACAAGGAAUACAAGGAAAUUUACUACAAGCUGCAAUGGCUCAAACGCGUCUUGCCAAAGAUUGUCUGCAAGGGCAUCACAAGCAUCAACCGUGCCGUCAUCAAUGAAACGAGUGUCGGCAGCAAGGAAUUGCUUGUUGAGGGGUACGGACUGAAGGACGUCAUGUGCAUUGAAGGUGUGGUUGGCACCAAGACCAAGACAAAUCACAUCAUUGAGAUGAAGUCUGUCCUUGGUAUUGAAGCUGCGCGUGCGUCCAUCAUCACGGAAGUCUCAACAGUCAUGAAGUCGCAUGGCAUGAAUGUCGACCCACGGCACAUCAUGCUGCUGGGUGAUGUGAUGACUUAUAAAGGUGAGAUUUUGGGCAUCACGCGAUUUGGCAUUGCCAAGAUGAAGGACAGCGUAUUGAUGUUGGCGAGUUUUGAAAAAACGACGGAUCACCUGUUUGAUGCUGCUGCCCGGCUGGCACAGGAUGCGAUUGAGGGUGUCAGUGAGUGCAUUAUUCUUGGCGUCACUGCACCUGUGGGCACUGGAGCAUUCAAGUUGGUCAAGGAGUGUAAGCAGGAGCACACGGCGAAGAAGCUUUGGUUCGACUUGGAUGAGUUGCACCGGAAGGCGUAGCAGUAGCAGCAGUAUGAUAGCAAACAUGAUGACAUACAGUCCAGCUGGAGCGUUGAAUUUGAUUUCG